UCUCCUCACUCUCUCCUUCCGUUGCACUCACUUCGUUCCCCAUAGCUUCCAACAUUCAAUGAAGAGAUCGACGCGACAGCUCUAAUUAAUGUGCAAUUUCUAGAACGUCGCUAAAUUAGAAAACGUUUGACCUCUGACCCGAGCCACGCCUCCGACCACCCUGCAUCAACAUGGCGAGGCUGUGGCUGCUUUUGUGCGGAGUUCUGUGGAUUUGCAGAGGGAGCGAGCCUCCUCCGGGGCACAUGCUGCCUCUCGGAUCCCACAUGGAGCCGCAGUUGGUCCCCAGAAUCACCACCGUCCCGAAACCGCGGGAAUUCCACGACAAAUACGUGGAGUCGUCGACUCCGGUUAUUCUGGAGGGGAUUCUGAACUCCACUCGGCUCCUGAAGACCUGGGGAGACGACCAGUACCUGAGGGAGAGGUUUGGGGGUGAGGAGGUGAAUGUGGAGCACAAGAAGAAGGAGAACAGGUCUGAGACUGGAUUCCUGACCAACAUGGCCGACUAUCUCGACAGGUAUGAGGGAGAGGAUAUCUACAUGGUGUCACCUUUGACCCCUGCCAUGCAGCGGGAGUGGCUUCUGCCACAGCUCUUGCUCUGUGGAGGAUUCACUCAGAACCUCAUCUUCUCUUAUGCUUGGUUCAGCAAUGGAGGAACAAAGAGCGUGCUGCAUACAGAUGCAUUUGACAAUCUCCACUGCCUGGUGAGUGGAGUGAAGGAGUUUGUGAUGAUCGAGCCCAGCUAUAUCGACAUCGUGGGACCGGAGCACAAGACUCAGGGCUUCUACAAUAUCGACGUUGACAAGUGAGUCGUUUUCUCCAGGCUGGGUGGGCAUCUGCAUGUGCUCAGUUGGCCAGUGUGUACACUGUUUGGAUGGUGUGACAAAGGAGAGAGAGAGAGAACUAAUUGACUUGUGUUGGCUAGAGUCGACCUGCUGAGUCAUCCUGGUCUGGUCUCUGUUCCAUGGCACCGUGCGGUGGUAUGGCCCGGGGACUGCCUCUUCCUCCCUCACCUCUGAUACAUCAUGUGACCUCACGUGGCAGGAACUUGGAGUCAACCUCUGGUUGUCCGCCUUCAUGUAUGACAGUGAAGACUGUUCAGCGGAAGAGGAGCUACCGGACUUUGCUCCUCUCUCUGACUAUCAUCUAGUUCCUGAACUACAGCUAAAACAGGUCUACUGACCCAUGCUGAUGACAAUGACUAGUAUAUGCCUCUGAGGUACACCUGGCCCUCUCUAUGAGACAAGGGAUGGAAGAUCUACAGCUGGAGCUGUAGUACAGAUUUUUGAGUCGCUGAACCUGGUUGCCAGGGCAACUGCGGUCAUCUGAAAUCCAUUCGUUUACCAGUCGAGAGUUUCGUGUCUGCAUUCCGUUCCUUCAUGUCCACAGUCCAUCCCGAGGAGGAGGAUGAGUGGGGAGAUGAGGAGGAG